AGUCUGAAUCCUGAUAUUUUUGUAAGCCGGAAAGCUUGGAAGAUGCCAGGAAAAACUACAGCUCUCGUACCUAAGUGCAUUUCAGACAAAAAAUUCAUUAUAGGAGCUAUUGUUCUGGUCGUUGUUUUGAUUAUCAUUAUAAUUUCAUUGGCUGUUAAAGAAACAAAAUCAUGUCCGAUUGGUGUUUCAUGUGAAAGUGUGGCCUGCCCAGAUUCAUGGAUUACAUACAGAGGAAAAUAUUUCUAUGUAUCCAAAGAAAAAAGAACUUGGUCUAUGAGUUUAAAGACCUGUUCCUCAUUUAAUGCAUCCUUGGCUGUGAUUGAUACUCAGAAGGAAUUGGAUAUUUUUGUGGAUAAUUUAGGACUCUUUCAUUUCUGGUUUGGACUCUCAAGAAAAGAUAACCAGCAUUGGAAAUGGCCCAAUGGCACAGAGUUUAAAAAUCGGUUUCCAGUGGGAGGAGAAGGCUUCUGUGCCUAUGUAAACGGAAAAGGGGCCGAUAGUACCGUAUGCUCCCUGGAGAAACGUUUUCUCUGCAGCCAUCCACAAAGUUGUAUCAGAUAACCUCAUCAAAAGAGGGAAGGUCCUGGCUUAACUGGAAUUCACUGAAGAAGCCCAUGUGUGACGUAAUCUCUCAUGGCACAUCUGGAUUUGAUACAUGCCAAAUAGAUUUUAGUUAUAAGCCAAAUGAUCCAUCUUUACACUUAACAUUUUACAUUUUAAACAUAAAAAGUUUUACAUUUAGGCAGGAAAAACCAAAGGUAUAAGACAGAGAAGGCGAGACCUGGCACAAAAACAGUAACUGUGAGAGGGAUAUUGGAGUCCUCUUGUUUUGUUUCCCAUGUCAUGGCUAAUUAAGCUGAUAAGGUGCGUUGGACAAUUAUUAUCAUUAUCACAUAGGGAAUUUCCUAAUAGGGAUCUGUAGAUUAAUCAUCCACAUCCUUCACCUACAUUGUAGAAAGGACUGUUACAGGGAGGAGUGUCUACACUCCAGUCAACAAAAGCCGUUGUUUCUUUGGUAUAGACCUCCUUCUUCCUGUUCUUCUCAUAGGUGCCCAAACCACAAAGUCAAAAUGCUCCUGGUCUCUCAUAUUCAGAACCUAAUUAAAUCAACUUUAAAUUCAUGCCACCUACAGCUUCUUUGUCAAGUCUCAACUUGCACAGAGCAUCUUCCUAAGAAAUAAAAUGGCUGACAGGACAUGCUUGGCUGGUUCAGAUGUACUUUUGCAAUUUAGGCAUUUGGUGUUCCAACAUGUUUUCUGUAUGAAUGUAAGAAAGAGAAUAGCUUUUCAUGCUAUAUAUUAUUCUUCCAAGCAUAGAAUUCAUUGGUGCCAAACCUGAUGCCAUCAGUCAAGACGAUUUGAAAAGUGGUCAGACACAUUCAUGAGCAUAAAUAAAGCUUCUGUAUUCA